AUGCAAUCGUCAAUUUCGGAUGCAUUACGCUCGAGCGAAGAAAAGCUACGUACCGAGGUUGCAAUAAUUCGUAAGCGGUGUGAUGUGUAUCGGAAACGUCUUCAGCGGGCCCUAGCAAAGAUCAAAGAAAACGAAAAAUUCAAAAACGAAAUGAAACGCACCUCGAACCUCGUAGAAAAGGGCCGGUAUACCCCAAAAGUUCGUGCACUCGUGCGCGAACUUGUUAGCUAUGGGUGUCCAAUGACGAAGAUCGGAAAAGUAAUACAUACCUUCAUGCGGCUUUUUUUCUCUCCAGUCCAGUCUUCCCGAGCGAAAUCCAGAGGACCUAUGCACGAGCGAACGGUCUCUCAGAUUGUUGAAGAAGGCAGCGUAGCAGCUGAUAUACAGUUAGGUUAUGAAAUAAGCGUAUCACCAGCUUGUACGACGGGUUCUGACGGUACCACUCACCGAAAUCAAAACUUCGAGGCCCUACACAUUAAUUUGAAAGCCCCGCAAUCGUACGGCGAUGAAACUUCUUCUGCCCUUGAGCAGAAAGUUCGUCUAGUGGGUGUAAGGAUGUCAGCAAAUCAUCGAGCCGAAACGCAAAAAAACGGAGACUUAACAGCAAUAAAAGAAGUGCUCACUGUAUAUCGAGAUUCUCCACUCGCCGAGAAUGGAGACAUCCCGAAGGAACGUCUUAACGAAAAUUUCAUUGCGUUGAAACUAGUUGGUACGCACGGGGACCAUGCGGAAGACCAGAAAGCAAAACAUCGUCAGCUCGGCGAGUGGAAAAAAGAAAGAGUGGGACUUGCCUUGGGAGAAAGAACAUUUUAUGACUUACCUGAGGAAGAACGCAAAGACAUUCUUGCCAAAGCCUUGAAGGAAAAAAUCGAGGAGCUCGGCGGAGAGAAGGUCUGGGAGGCUCUUGCAGAGAAGAAGAAAGAGGAGCACAAAAUCGAGUGUAAGAACGCGAUUUUGUAUGAGCUAGGCGGCGAGACGUACCUAAAUCUUCCGGAGGAGGAUGGUAUAACUUGCAAUCUCUGGGUUCGUGCAGGAUGCGGUAUGCAUAAAGAUUUGAACGCAUCAAAAGGGGGAUCUACGGGCUUGAAGAAAAUGUGGGAGAUGAUGAGAUUCGGGCCCGUUCAGCUCAUGAAUAAAGAAAACGAUGCGGCUCACCAAUUGGCGGAUGGUGACGCAGAAGAUCCAGCGGCGAAUCGAGCAGUCGAGGUAUCAACUGGCGGUGCGGCAAAACUCGUCUCUCUGAUGGGUGCACUAUUAAAUCACAAAGACGAUAAAAAGGGACAGCAUGAUACCUUCCGGAGCUACGUAUUGCAGAAGGAGAACCGUAUUUUUACGUUCCCUGAUACUUCAAAUACGCGAUAUUCGUCGAAUCUUGAGGCGGCGGCGGAGGUUAUCUCUCGACUCGAUUUCUAUGUUGACUAUAUGCACUUUAUUCGCGAUUCGAAAGAAAAACCUGGCCUCAAUCAUCUCGAGUCGAAUAUCCUAAAGGGAUUACAUGACUUACCUACACGUACCGAGCUGGCCGUAUUUGCCUUAUACCUGGAAAGCGUGUCGUAUCCAUACAUCCGGGAGCUUCGUAAGUCUGGAUUGGAGGAUAUGAAUGCGAUGGAAUGCGGUCCGCUUCUUGCAAAACUGAAGUCUCACGUCAAAAAACUUAUUAACUUACCUGGGCUAAUCCUGAACUCGGACUCGAAUCCCCUAGAGGCAAUAUUUCUUGCAGACGAGGCUAAGCAACAGCAAUACGACAUUGAAAUCUGGAAGAGGCCAGACGCAAUGAAGGCAGUAUGGGUAAUGGCAGAGCAUCUCCCCCAUCUUCGCGAUGCUUUUGUGGCAUUCUUGGAGGCGUCUCUGACAACUUGGGAGAGAUUUAGUGAGGAAUAUGGUGAAAACGGAGAGAUCAGUCGGCUCACCAAAGAAGAAAAAGCAAAAGCCUGGAUGCCAGCAACUAACGAUGCGAAUGAAGGGGCUCUAGGGGCGUACAGAAUAUCUGCCAGAAAUCAUCCGUCAAUGAACACCGAGACUUUCAAUGCAAAGGCAAAAUACUCACGGAACGACACUGAGGACUUCAUUGAAGCUAAGCUUGCCGGAGACGAAGAACAAGCUUAUCUUCGCCAGGUUGCGCGGGAUAGACUUCUUGGGAAACGAGAUAAAAAACGAAGAGUCGACAUUUCCGAGCAGCACGAAGCAGAAGUUACAGCAAAGCGGCAGAGGAUCCAGGAGCGGAAGGACGAGCAAAGCAGACGGUCAGAGUAUCUUGAAGAAUUAACACUCGAAUUGGACGAAGAUCGAGUGCGACAGCUCAAGGUGCCUCAGCUAAAGGAACAACUUGACAAAUUACGAAGGUUCGACAGAGAUAUUCCGAAGGAGAAAGACAUAGGGAGAAAGGACGAGAGGCUUAAGGUAUUACUAGAUGCACUUGGUAGAUACAAGAAUCGUAAUGUAUAA